GCGAUCUGACGUCAACUGAUUUUUUUGUCCGUUUAUUUUAGUCGUUGAAGACGAAAGAUGGAGCCUGAUUUAGAGGACUUUCUUGGGCAACUUGUUAAUGAACAAACAAUUCAAAAAAUGAAAGAACAGAAGAUAACGCUGGCCGUCCUUGGGAGGAUGAACGAUAAGGAUCUUGCAGAUUUCUUACCUAGAAUUGGAGAUCGGGUCAGUUUGAAAGUAAAUCUAGAAGAAACAAAGGACAGAAAAAGAAAACCAAAAUCGUCUCUUCUUAGAGCACUGCGUCAAAAAAUGGGUAUACAAGGGAAAGAAAUUCAGAGUAACAGUUCCAGUGACGAAGGGCACUCUACCCCAAAGGCAAAGAAACAGAAAACGCAUAUGUCUAGAUUUGGAAAAAAGAGUGCAAACAAAAAUAUGCGUAAGGUGGAAGUUGGCUGGAUUCAUGCGGGUAAGCAAAUAAGAACGCCUAGAGGUGGUGGUACAAGAAAACUGAAUCUACCAAAAUUGUACAAGAAGAACGAAAUUCUGGAAGAAGUUAAACCCCCUUUUUUCCAGAAGGAAAAUCGCCAAUGGGACAAUUCGAAGAUUUUGACUUCUCAGAUGCCGACUUCUCACAAAGAGACAUUGCUGAUAAGUCUAUAAACGACUUGUACGUAGAAUCAAAGAUGACUACCUUUCGAUUAUACCUUAUGACCUCAAAGAAACAGAGAGAUGGGGGCGAAUCUGCAAUAGAUGACCCAGAUUCUUCAGGAGGAGAGGAACUUCCCGAUCCACAGCUUACAAAUGUCCAUGUUGAAGUGGCAUCUGAAAUCGCAACAGUCAGCUCUGAAGAUCCAUUAAGUAUCUCCUUUGACUGCAUGCCGGAUCAUACUACUGAAGAUAAUUCAGCAGCUGCAACACUGGCGUCAACUCUCUCACUUGAAAACGUAACCUCUGAGGAGGUUGUCACUAUUUCUGAUGCACCUGCCGGUAGUAUUUUACUCGAUAUCCAAAACUAUAUGUAUGACCCAGAAAUAGAAUUUGAACCCUCUCAGGUUUUUGGCAACCAAGACGAAACAUUACCUGCAAGUGUCUGUGUGAAAAAUCUUGUUAUCAGAAGGGGUAGUGUAUUCACUGAUGUCAUGAAAUUUUUCCUGAAGGAGGAAUUUAACCUGAGAACUGACACAUUGGAACUACGUAUCUUAACAGAGAGAGGAGAGGAUUCUGGGGGCGUUUUCCGGGAUGCCAUGUCUGAAUUUUGGGAAACUUUUUAUUUAAAACAUACGGAAGGAGCAGAUGUAAAGAUUCCCACAACAGUUCAUAUUAUGAAACAAGAGGAACGGGAAGCAGUGGCAAAACCCCUAGUUUUGUGCUUUAAGCAAGAGAAAUACCUUCCAGUGCAGCUUUCAAGGAUGUUUCUCGAAAAGUGUAUUUUUGAUACAGCACCAUCGAAUGAAGAGCUUCUCGAGUCAUUUUUGGGAUUUUUACCCGAUAUGGAUAGGGGUCUGAUUAAAGAUGCUCUGGACAAUUUUGAUGGUGUAGAUGAAAAUGAACUUCUCGACGCUUUUUCGAAUUUUAACCUGAGAGUGUAUCCCUCCAAAGACAACUUUGAAAGCUUGUGAUUGAGUUGGCACACCAUGAACUUAUCCAAAAGCCGUCUUUUGUCACUCUCCGCUGGUUUCCUAUAUUAAGUUGUCAUUUGAAGCCUCUGAUAGGUAAACUGGAAGACACAUAUGAACAAAGCAAAGUCACCAACAGGAAAAUUCUGAAUUUGCUCGUUUUCCCAGAAGACAUGUCGAAAGCAGAGAAGGCAACUGCUGAAGCGAUAUGUGAAGACGUAUUCGACUGAAAAAUUGGUCAUGCUUUUGCGUUUCUGCACUGGAUCUGACAUCAUCAUCGGAAAGAAAAUCACCGUACGAAUCACUCCCCCCAUGUCUGAUUUUUCACUCUGUCCAGUGGCUCAUACAUGUGGCUGCGUGUUGGAGCUGUUCAGAAGCUACGACAACUUCCUGUUAUUGAGGGAGCACUUGGAGAAUGUCCUUGACACUAAAGUAUUGAGAAUGGAUAUUGUGUAAAUUUGCUAUACUAUAUCCGAAAAACAAAUGUAAACGAUUUUGAUUAUUUCAGUGAACUGGCCACCACCGCAAUACUGAUCAAUUUGAUUUAACAAUGAUUAUAGUUCGAAAUAUCAGGAUCUAACGGUAUUUGCAAAGUGAGCUAAAGGCAACUAGCUUUUGAAAAUUCUUGAUGAGAAAAAAUUGUUUUGUUUUUAAAAAAUGCAUGUACAUGGGGAGUUUUGCUUUCGGUUCAUUUUGUUACGACAUUCUUGCGUUAUGCCACAAAUAAAAAGUAU